GCAAUGACACACAGUGGGCACCUGCUUCCAUGAAAGUGGGCCACUUGCCACUGUGUUGAACUUUGACUCUCUCCUCUUUCUCGGAAGCACACAGCAAGGUGCACGAAUCAAACUUGCCACCUGCGUCAUGAAUUAGCCUGUGAGCGAGGGUGAUCGCUAGCAAGCCCAACAGGCUCACCAGCAAACUGACAUGCAACAGUGCCUUGUCCCCACGCCAAGUGGCAAAGUGCAAUGGCCUGCCAAGCCCAGCACUUGCACAGUAUGUAGCAGAACUGCAACGAUACAACACAGGCGUGCAUUUACACAGCAAUAACAGCACCCCCAACAACCACGACAGACCAACAGACCAACGCCUUCCCCACUCAACGCAAGCGUCACUACUCAUUCAAGUGCUCACCACCAAAGCAAGACACCGCAACAGCCCUACAAUGUUCCAUUGACCGCCCACAUCACACAGCACGUCCGUUUUGCAAGGGUGCCUUAGCUUCCUGUCCCUCUCCGCCAUGUCCGCCAAAUCACAGGCUGCCAACAGCCGCGUGCUGGACGCUACGUGCCUUUCCGCCUCUCGCCUGUCCUCGACCUUCUCCUUGGACCUGUCGAGCCUGGACGCACUCGCGGGCGCAACAAGCACAUCCGACCUUGAAACACCGUGCUUUGCGACAGAAGAGCUAGGCAGCCUGCUCAUGGCAUCCGCCUACUCCACCAGCACGCACAACAAGCAUACACAGCACCUCAAGUGCAUCGCAGCCGGCAUUUCCAGCCACGCCAGGACCGUCCCUGGCAGCAGUGCUCAGGGCAGCGAAGCAAGUGCAGACGAUGGCCUGCAUGGCAUCGCGCGUGAUGCUAAUGAUGACACCACGCCAAGCAGCCAGGGCAGCUACGCCAGCCCCGCAGGGUAUCCGACCAAACACGCGCGCGCAGCAACAGCAACAGCAGCAACAGCGGGAUUGGUAGCCACCUGUGCGAUGCCCCAGCCUUACAUUACUUUUGGCACGUCGACAGGCAGCGAAGGCGCGAGGGACACGCUCAAGUGCAUAAAAGACAUCUUCGACGCGACACAGAACGCGAGACUGUUCGCGUGUAUUUCGAAGGAUGCCAAGGACGAUAUGCGCGCAUGGUGCCUUGGGGAUGGACAGGCGCUCGUGCAGAACGUGGAGGAUCUUGGUGGCAAGGACACGCUUGAGCUGGCACAGUUGCAGCAUCAGCUGGGGUCAGUGCUGGAUGCGCUUGGCGAGCACGAUCGCGCCAUCGCACACUACACCAGCGCCCUCGCAAUCACGCGGAAGGUGCUUGGUGAAAGGCACGCCGGCACAGCGUGCAUGUACAACAACCUCGGCACCGUGUUCAUGACGAAAGGCGACUUUGAGCAGGCCAUCACCAACUACCACCAGGCCCUCAACAUCAAGCGCAGCGUGCUCGGCGAACAGCACCCGAGCACCGCCACCACAUACAGCAACCUCGCCCUCCUGCUGGAGACCACGGGUGACAGCGUUGCCGCCACACAGCACCAUCAUAAGGCCCUGAGCAUCCGCCGCCGCAGUCUUGGCGAGACGCACCCCAGCACGGCCGCAUCGUACAACAACCUCGGCCUCACCUACCAGAGCACGGGCGACCACGACGCGGCCAUCCAGUGCUUGCUCAAGGACCUCAAGAUCACCAUCGCCAACGUCGGGCAUCGGCACCUGCACACGGCAGCGACCCUCGGCAACCUGGCCAACGCGUACAGCGAUAAGGGCGACUAUGCAGCCGCGCUGGAGCACCACCACGCCGAGCUUGACAUCAAGAUGCAACUGCUUGGCCCGGCACACCCGGACACGGCCGACACUUACAACAACAUGGCAGGCGCAUACACACGGAAGGGCGACUUCAGCCAGGCCGAGAGCUGCUACAGGCGCGCAAUCACGGCUUAUCGCGCGUCUCUUGGCGACAACGACCUCCGCACCGCUGAAGCGCACACGAACAUGGGCAUCAUGUACGAGCACAAGGGCGAUCUCAAGGCGGCGGCGCGCACGUUCAAGAUUGCGCAUGCCAUGAUCGUUGCUGUUCUCGGCGACACAGACGAUGCCACACAAACAGCGUUUGCCCGCCUGCAGCGUGUUGCUCGACGACGCGCCAGUGCUCCUAGUAGCAAGAAGCCACACCACGCCGCUCAGCAUCUGCACCAGUCGUCUUGCCUCUGCUCCCUCAUGUGAUCGUGGUGUGAGUGUGUGUGUGUGUGUGUGUGUGUGUGUGUGUGUGUGUGUGUGUGUGU